GUGGUUUCCGGUUGUCGUUCUGUCAGAACUUCUGUGUGGACAACACACGUGAGGCUGUAAUCAACAUAUAAUACUUUAAUAAAACGCAGCGACUUCUCUUCUCACAUAGGAGUAAUUAAAACUUUAAUUCGCGGAGAAUUUCUGCUGCCAUUAUGGCUCCGUCUCGGUCCAAGAAGAAGCGCCGGCCGUCGUUCCGCCGCCUGCUGAAGACGAGCGGCCUGAAGCUGGAGAACAAGCAGAAGAACCGUCAGCUGAAGCAGGAAAAUGUGGCCAAGAAGCAGCGCAAGGAGCAGAAGAAGCUGCGCCAGGCGGUGGCGGGCGCCAUCCAGAGGAUGCCCCGCCCCCUGGAGACGUACAGGAAGAGACCAGAGGAGGAGGAGGAGGAGGAAGAGUUCCUCGAGAGUCUGCCCACCGACAUGAUGGAGGAAGAUGACCUGCAGAGGAUGACCGCCAUGGCUCAACAAGCCUCCUUUAUCACCAGAGACCUGUCGUCAUGCGGACCUGUGCACAGCGGUAAGAAGCGCAGCUCCGAUGUGGUUCGCAGCUACGAGAAGGUUCCCAGGAAGAUGGCGAGGACGGAGGAGAAGGAGGUGAUCCACCUGCUGCCAAUCAAAGACAAAAGAGGCGUGAUCCCGCAGAGCGUGGAGAGAGUUAAAAAGAUCCAAGAAGAGGAAGAGGAAGAGGAGGAAGAGGCUGCAGAGAACACAGAGCAGGAAGAAUAUGAGGCGGCGGCGCCGAGCUUCGCUGAGCUGACGCCGGCUGAGAGAGAGCAGCUCCGAGUCAUAAAGUUAACGGAGAAGAAGCGACGCAUCGCCACUCUGGGCUCAAACAUAAUCUCGGACCCCUUCAACAGCGUGAAGUGUGUGAAGGAGCUGCGGGGGAUGCUGAUGGAGGUCGACCCCAGCGUGGCGGUCUCUGUCAGGAAGCUGGUGAUGGUUUCUCUGAUGGAAAUCUUUAAGGACAUUGCUCCCUCUUACAGAAUACGACCUCUGACCUUAGCAGAGAAGAGAAGCAAGGUGAAGAAGGACACUCAUCAGCUCAGAGAGUUCGAAGAAGGUUUAGUGAGUCAGUACAAGUUCUUCUUGGAGGACCUGGAGCAGAUCAUCAAAGACUGGAAGCAGAAGAAGAAGAAGCGCAGUCAGGCCGUGGGUUUCCAGGCGUACCGUGGUCUUGCUGAGGUCGCCAUCCGCUGCCUGUGUGAGCUGCUGCUUGCUCUGCCGCACUUCAACUUCCACAACAACAUCAUCGUCAUGGUGGUCCCGCUGAUGAAUGACCCCACAAAGAAGGUGUCUCUCAUGUGCUGUGAUGCAAUUAGGAAGCUCUUCCAUCUGGAUAAAGUGGGCGGAGCCUCUCUGGCCACUGUGCGCGUCAUCUCCGGCUUCAUAAAGAGCCUGAACUACAACGUCAGACCCGAGGUGCUGCGGACUCUGCUCAGCCUGAGGAUCAAGGAGGUGGAGAUGAAGAAGGACUUGGAGUCCACGGCCCCAAAGAAGAAGUUCAUGACCAACAAAGAGAGACAGAACUUGUCCAGGAUGCAGAGGAAGUGGAAGAAGGCGGAGGAGAAGCUGGAAAAGGAGCUGCUGGAGGCAGAAGCUUCAGAGAGCAAACAGAAGAAAAUCAAACUGCACACUGAGACUCUGAACAUUGUCUUCCUGGUCUUCUUCAGGAUCCUAAAGAAAGCCCAGAAAUCAGUUCUUCUCCCUGCAGUCCUGGAGGGGCUGGCCAAUUUUUCUCACCUGAUCAACCUGGAGUUCUUUGAUGACCUGUUAAAUGUGCUGCAGAACCUCAUCCAAUCAGGAGAUCUGACCAAUCGGGAGAGUCUUCACUGCAUCCAGACGGUCUUCACCAUCCUGUCAGGACAAGGUGAUGCCCUGAACAUCGAUCCGCUGAAUUUCUACUCACAGCUGUACAAAAUUCUUCUGCGUCUUGGUUCAGGGGCUGACGAUGACAUCAUCAUUGUGCUGCGGUGCUUGGACGCCAUGUUGACUCGCCGCAGGAAACAAGUAACCCAGCAGAGGGCGAUGGCGUUCAUGAAACGGCUGAGCACGCUCUGUGUGCACGUUCUGCCCAACGCCAGUGUGGGAAUCCUCGCCUCCAACAGAGCCAUCAUGCAUUCUUUCCCAAAGUGCGACUUCCUGUUGGAUAAUGAGGUUCAGGGCAGCGGAUUCUACCUGCCAGAGUUGGACGAACCUGAACACUGCAAUGCUCAGAACACUGCACUGUGGGAGCUGCACCUGUUACAGAGACAUUACCACCCAGUGGUUCAGCAGUUUGCGGUUCACCUGAGUCACGGAGCUCCCAGUGAAGGCUCGUCGUCUCUCAGUGUGGAGCUGAGCCGCAGGUCACCUCUGGAGCUUUUUGAAGACUACUCUGUCAAAGACAUGACCUUUAACCCCCCUGUUGCACCACCGGGCUCCAGGAGGAAGGAUCGGUUUGUGAUUGGAGAGACGCUGCUGGACGACGAGCUGCAGCAACAAGCCAACAGCGCCCUGAACCUCAUCGUGGACACACAGGCAGAUUUUACAGCAGCGUACCCACACACAUCUACAUAACACUGACACACACACUGACACACACUCUCUCUUUGAUGUCUGAGAUUCUAAAAUAAUGAAGGUUGUUAUGUUGUUUUAAAAGAUUCCAGUUUUGUUUUUCUGAACAAAAUAAAUCUGAAAGAGUUUUUAUAACUA